CCGCUGUUGUUUGUGAGUACACACACUUUACAGAGCUCGAACCCACAGCCGGACAGCCACACUCCCGCCACCAUGAGAGAGUUCAAGAGCAAGGAUUUCUGGAGGGCUGUUCUGGCCGAGCUGGUUGGCAUGACCCUUUUCAUUUUCCUCAGCCUCUCCGCAGCUAUUGGGAACACAAACAACACCCAUCCAGACCAGGAGGUGAAGGUAUCGCUGACCUUUGGACUGGCCAUCGCCACGCUGGCCCAGAGUUUAGGCCACAUCAGUGGAGCCCACCUGAAUCCUGCGGUCACCCUUGGGAUGCUUGCCAGUUGCCAGAUCAGCGUGUUCAAGGCGAUCAUGUACAUUGUGGCACAGAUGCUGGGUUCAGCCCUGGCCAGUGGCAUUGUGUAUGGAACACGUCCAGGUACCACUGCUGCACUGGGCCUCAACUCUCUCAGCGGUGUCACUCCCAGCCAAGGGGUGGGCAUAGAGCUCUUGGCAACCUUCCAGCUGGUGCUGUGUGUCAUUGCAGUCACUGAUAAAAGGCGGCGUGAUGUCACCGGUUCAGCACCCCUGGCCAUUGGCCUCUCAGUCUGCCUGGGACACUUGGCAGCUAUCAGCUACACAGGCUGCGGCAUCAACCCCGCUCGCUCCUUUGGUCCAGCUUUGAUCCUGAACGACUUCACGAAUCACUGGGUGUACUGGGUGGGGCCGAUGUGCGGUGGUGUAGCAGCAGCCCUCAUAUACGAUUUCCUGCUCUCUCCCAAAUUUGAUGACUUCCCCGAGCGCAUGAAGGUUCUGGUCAGCGGCCCAGUGGGUGACUACGAAGUUAACGGAGGCAACGACACUACGACUGUGGAGAUGACGUCAAAAUAGUCCCACACAGCCCUGACCACUUAGUUUCAUUGUAUAUGCUCCUGUAAAAAAAAAAAAUCUUUUGAAUUUAGUGUAGGAUGUCAGAGUUUGUGUGCUAUUUUUUUAAAAUGCCAAUGAGGAUUGUGGUAACGGGUCACUUAGUGUCUCUUUCUAAUUCACUCCUUUGUUCGACCCCCACACACAAGCCGCUCAAGCAUACAAGUCAGUGUGUGAGUUGAAUCUUGACAGAGCAGUGUGCUGAGAUGUUUUCCCAUAUCAGUAUUCUAUGAUGAGCCAUGUUUUUGUAUACUCUAUGUGCCUGUAUCACUUUUUAUUUCAUAUGGUUAAUGUAUUUUGUGUACCCUCUUGAAAUGUCUCUCACUUUUUUAAGUAAAUAAAACACUUGUUGUUAACAGCUGCUAAA